CACUCAUUCACGGUACAGGCACUCAACGGAGUUGACCUUCCCCCUCUUCCUUCGCGAAUUGAUCAUGAUUAUACCGCAUACCAUAUCUGAAACGUCGAGGUGAGAGGUCCACAAAAAACCUCAACUACACAACCAUGCUCGCUGGCCCUCCACGCCUCGUGUCCCUGAUUACCAUCCUGCUCAUACUCUGCCUGGGAUGGUGGUACCUCCGACUUGUCGAGAAGCCUACGGCCCCAGGUCUGAAGACUGACCCGAGACCGCCGCCAAAGGCCUUCAGCGGGAAUGCGUUAGACUUCAGCAUCCCCUUAAAGUUCGCAGAGGGUACGCCAAAGCCCCUCGGUUCGAAUUACACCAUCGCUCUUGUUGUACCCAAGACAGAGAAGGAGGACCUGGCAUGGAUGCAGCGGGAGAUACCAGAGAUACAGUUGGUUGUUUAUGAAGUGGAUAAGCCCAAUGCGGUAAACAAGGUCCCAAAGAACAAGGGUCGAGAAGCCAUGGUCUAUCUUACCUACAUCAUCGAUCACUACGACGACCUUCCAGACACAGUCCUCUUUAUGCACGCCCACCGCCACGCCUGGCACAACAACAUGAUCAUGGGCCUCGACUCUGUCCAGAUCAUCAAGCGCCUAAACCACGACCGUGUCGCCCGCCUAGGAUACAUGAAUGUUCGAUGCCAUCACGAGCCAGGCUGCCCAGAUUGGAUCCACAUGGAUCGGCCAGGCGGCGACUUCGACUUCUUCAAGAAGCCCGAGGAGAUUUACUGGCGGCGCAACAUUUGGGAGGAGAUACACCCUGGAGCACCAAUACCGGCUUCGAUAUCUGGCAUCUGCUGCGCGCAGUUUGCGGUUAGCAGGGAGAGGAUACAACAGGUUCCGCUAGCGAGGUUCCAGCAUUACCGGAGGUGGUUGAUUGAGACGACCAUGGACGAUCAGUUCUCAGGGCGGAUCUUCGAAUACAUAUGGCACUACAUAUUCACUGGUCACGAGGUCUACUGUCCGGCAAUGAACACGUGCUAUUGCGAUGGGUACGGAAUCUGCUUUGGCGGCCGGGAUAACUUCACAAAAUACUUCAACAAGAUGGAUGAGCGAAAUAAACUGUUCGAGGAGCUGGACAGCUACGAGAAGAAGAAAGAACAAGCUAAGGAAGAAGGCAAGACGUACCAGCCCAGCGAGAAGGACAUAGCGAGGAUGGCGGAGCUGCAGAUUCAGGUUGAAAAGAUGGAUCGGGAAAUGGAGGUUACGAGGAACGAGGCAUUUGAGAGAGGGAAGGACCCUAAGCAGAGGCUGGAAGAGACGGAGAGUUGGGAUUCGAGUCAUAUUUGGGAUUAUGCUCCUAAAGGGGAUUAACGAGUUACGGAAUGAUUUUUAUUUAGGGCGCACGAGGUAUUAUACUUUAGGUCAGG